GCAUACGUUCACAGUCCAGCUGUCCGUCUCCACAUUCGCUCUAUCAGGCUGAGCGAGGACAGAAGACACAGCAGAGCCAGAGGAACUGGGUGCUGAUCCACAAAGCCACCGGAAGAUAAAGAAACACAGGCUCAAACAAGAAAGAUACACGCCUGGGAAAAGAAGCUUGGCCUAAAUCCCUUUCUCAGCAUCAUCUAUUCCACACCAGACCUCUACAAGAGUGCACGAGUUUAUAUGAGCUUGUGUGCAUGUGUGUCUGAUUCCUCUUUUUUUGUCAACACUUCUGGAAGUGUGUUUUCCUCCGAGCUCACACGAGACUGCUGAAGAUGUGCGCAAGGAUGCGGCCCGUGAAUGUUUUUGUCUUUUGUAUGUGCAUCUCUGUGUUUCUUCACAGCGCUAUUUCACAGCCACCCACAGAAACUGACACCUACACGGAAUGUACAGAUGGGUACCAUUGGGAUUCACAGACACAACACUGCAAAGAUAUAAAUGAAUGCGAGACAAUACCAGAGGCCUGUAAGGGCGAGAUGAAGUGCUUCAACCAUUACGGCGGAUACCUGUGUCUCCCUCGCUCUGCUUCGGUCAUCCCCGCCCAAGAACCACCUAACCAGAUUCACCCCGGAUUGGAAAACACGGCCAGCGAGCCUUACAAUCCAUGUCUUCCUGGUUUAGAGCCCCAGGGAGACAGCUGUGUGGAUGUGGAUGAAUGUGAACGAGACACGCAUGACUGUCAGCCCAGUCAACAGUGCAUUAAUACAGAAGGAUCCUUCACCUGUCAAUGUCCGGACGGUUACCGCAAAGUGGGAACAGAAUGCAUUGACAUUGAUGAGUGCCGAUAUCGCUACUGUCAACAUCGCUGUGUUAACGUCCCUGGUUCAUUCUCCUGCCAGUGUGAGCCUGGUUUUCAGCUGGCUAGCAACAAUCGCUCCUGUAUCGAUGUUGAUGAGUGUGGCAUGGGAGCGCCCUGCAGUCAGAGGUGUUAUAACACAUACGGGACGUUCCUCUGUCGCUGUGAGACGGGGUAUGAGCUGGGGGCAGAUGGCUUCGCGUGCAAUGACAUAGAUGAGUGCAGCUACUCCAGUUAUCUGUGCCAGCAUCAGUGUGUUAAUGAGCGAGGGAAAUUCUCAUGUGUCUGUCCUGAGGGCUAUCAGUUACUGGGCUCGCGCCUCUGCCAAGACAUAAAUGAAUGUGAGACAGGAGCUCACCAGUGUUCGGAUGGACAAACGUGUGUGAACAUUCAUGGAGGUCAUAAAUGUGUCGACGCUAAAGGCUGUCAGGAGCCCUAUGUACAAGUGUCUGACAAUCGCUGUAUUUGUCCCGUCACAAAGUCUGGCUGUCGAGAUCUUCCCUAUUCUAUUGUCUAUCGCUACAUGAGUAUCACUUCGGAACGCUCCGUCCCCUCGGAUAUCUUUCAGAUUCAGGCAACCAGCGUCUAUCCUGGAGCCUAUAACACAUUCCGCAUCCGUUCCGGAGAUGACAAUGGAGACUUUUACAUCAGGCAAAUCAACAACAUCAGCGGCAUGCUUGUUCUCGCCCGUGCCGUGAAUGGUCCCACAGAGUAUGUGCUGGACCUGGAGAUGGUUUCUGUAAACCCUCUCUUGAGCAUCCAGACCAGUUCUGCCCUGCGCUUAACGGUCUACGUCGGGCCCCACGCCUUUUAAUCGAGACAGAUGGCCAGAAAGGGAACAAGAGGUGGAAGAGUGGAAGCACUGAUAGAUUCAUCCAACAAAGAGGUUUUAUGAGCUGAGCAUAUCUGCCAACAUUCCCAAGAUUGUACAGAGAUCAUUCUCAUGGGAGAUGUAGCAACCUAUACAAACUACUACAUUAGAAAGAGAUUUAGAGACAGGCACUAUAUUUUAGGGACUAAAUGUUAUGCUGAGCUAUUCAGAGUUUCUAGCUGCACUAUGACUCCAAACCUGCUGUACGACUCGUGUCUUUUGAUACUCUCCCAUGUCAUGUUAAAGUAUAUUGCAGCUCUGUUGACAAUUUUACAAUCUCUACUUUUUCCGGUUCCUAUUGAAAUAAAUGUAGCAAUAUCAGGGCACCAACGCUGUAUAUGCAUCUCUGUAUGUUCCUAGUGUCAAGGUAAAUUUUGUUGUUAUUCGUUGCCGUUUUUCAGUAACCACUCAGUCAUUCCGAACCUCUACCCACCACCAUCAAUAAUGCUCACAACAUUACUUUGUGUAGUUUCUUUUUAUACCAUUGCUGCCAAUGUUGUAUUUUCAAUCCCGGAUUUAUUACUGUAAUAAAUUUGAUAAGACCCUUAAAA